AUGGCAUCUUCUAUUGAAGUCGGAGGCUCGUGGUCAACGAAUGAAGAUAUUGCGUUGUGUCAAUCUUGGGUGAACAUUAGUCAUGACCCUAUCACGGGUAAUGAAAUGAAGUUUCAUCACAUGUGGAGCAAAAUUCAUGGAGAAUUUUGUCAAAGAUCGGGUUCUAUUCGGACCGAAAUGGCGUUGUCUAGUAGAUGGAAACUUCUUAAUAAAGAGUUAGGGAAAUGGAGGAAUGCCUUGACAAAAGCAAAGGCGAACAUUCAAAGCGGUCAAAAUUUGACCGAUGAGAUGGUACAAGCACAAAUGUGGUUCGGUGCCAUGGGGCAAGGCAAAAAAAGUUUCGUGCAUUUCCAAUGUUGGGAAAUUGUGAAGGAUUGUUCGAGGUUCAAAAUUAUUCCCACCGGUCCGCCGGUUGUGAUGAAUGAGACGCCACUCCACGAUUCAACAUCAACCGAUUCUCCAUUGGACUCCCCAAUGGAAACGGAGUCACCAUUUGUGCCACGUCCGCCAAGACCUAUUGGGAGAAAGGCGGCAAAGGCCAAGAGAGGGGCCACUUCGAGCAAUGAUUGUGUAACCUUAUUGGAGCAAAUAGCUAAGAGCGCCACACUAAGAAUCGAGAGAGACUUGAAAAGAGAUGAAAUGGACAAGGCACGAGAGGAAGCAUUUGCUCUCCAACAACAAAUGGCACAAGAAAAGACAUAG